CAGUAAUGUGUCUAUAAGCAGAAUGACAAACCUGUCGAAGAAGAAGAGGAGGGAUUGUGGGAUUGAAAUGGCGGCCUCCGCAGCUACCAUGGAUGAGGAUGUGUCCAUGCACAGACUCGCUGGGUCAGAUCCGUCUUCUCAGGUUGGGGGACUGAUCGUAAAGAAGAAGAGUGCUGCUCCAGAAGCUCACGUUUUUCGGGCACCCACUCCACGGACAUCUCUGUUGGGCUUGGAUCUGUUAGCUGCUCAGAAAAGGAAAGAGCGAGAUUUAAAGGAAAAAGCUGAUGGUUCAGAUGAAGAACAAAACUCCAAGAAAUCUAAAGUUUCAUCCUACAAAGACUGGGACGAGGGAAAAAGUGAUUCUGGCUCCGACGAGGAGGAUGAUGACAAAAGUAAAGACACCAAGAAGGAAAGCAGAAAGUAUCGUGUGACUGGCUCUGAAACGCCGUCCAACCCUGGAGGAGUCAGUGAGGAGUUCCGCCGCAGACAUGAGCAGCGAGAGAAAGACCGUCGCGAACAUGGAGUUUAUGCCUCAUCAAAAGAGGACAGGAAACGGGAGAAAGACAGGGAGCGAAGUAGAGACAAACACAGGGACAGGCGCAGUGAACGAGAUGACAGAGAAAGCAGCAGGGGGCGCUCGGAGCGUGGUGACCGCAGUGACAGAAGUGACCGCUCACAGAGAGAUGGCUGGUCAGAGCGAAUUAGCCGCGGUAGCAGGAGAGAUGAGCCAAUGACUCCACAGUCCCACUCCAGAGACACACCUUCCAGAUCCAACUGGGAGGAGGAUGACAGCGGUUAUGCCAGCACUCGACAUUCCCAAUGGGAGUCUCCCUCUCCUGCUCCUUCACACCGAGAUUCAGACCGCUCCGAGAGAAGCCAUAGGUCUGGCAGAGAGAGUGAGCGGAGGGACAGGUCAGUCAAAGGCCGUUACCCUGAUGACACACCUCUCCCAACCCCUUCAUACAAGUACAAUGAAUGGGCCAAUGACAGAAGACAUUUUGGUUCAACUCCCCGUUUAUCACAAGGAAAAGGUAAAAAAGGAGAUGGUGAAAGUGGAAUUCCAUUUGAUAAUGAGGAUGAACAAGAACAGUGGGAGGAAGAUCAGAAGCAAGCGGAUAGAGAUUGGUACAUGAUGGAUGAAGGAUAUGAUGAAUUCCACAACCCUUUCACUUCUACAUCAGAUGAAUAUGUGAAGAAAAGGGAACAAAUUCUCCAGAAACAAACCCAGAAAAGGAUUUCUGCCCAAAAGCGACAGAUCAAUGAGGAUAAUGAAAGAUGGGAGACCAACCGUAUGCUGACCAGUGGUGUUGUUCAAAGGCUGGAAGUGGAUGAAGAUUUUGAAGAGGAUAAUGCUGCCAAGGUGCACUUACAAGUGCACAAUUUGGUUCCUCCUUUCUUAGAUGGGAGAAUAGUCUUCACCAAACAGCCAGAGCCAGUUAUCCCUGUUAGAGAUCCGACGUCAGACAUGGCCAUCAUCUCUCGCAAAGGCAGCCAACUUGUUCGUAAACACAGGGAGCAAAAGGAACGCAAAAAGGCACAACAUAAACACUGGGAGUUGGCUGGAACUAAGCUGGGAGAUAUUAUGGGGAUCAAGAAGACUGAAGAGGAUGAGUCUGGAGCCAGGGUCAUCGGGGAAGAUGGGAAAGUAGAUUACAGAGCUGAGCAGAAAUUUGCCGAGCACAUGAAAGAAAAGAGUGAGGCCACCAGUGAAUUUGCUAAAAAGAAGAGUAUUACAGAGCAGAGGCAAUACCUACCCAUUUUUGCUGUGAGACAACAACUUCUUAACAUCAUAAGGGAUAAUAGCAUAGUUAUUGUUGUUGGAGAGACAGGAAGUGGCAAAACCACCCAGUUAACUCAAUACUUGCAUGAAGAUGGUUACACAAGUUAUGGCAUGGUGGGAUGCACUCAACCCAGAAGAGUGGCAGCUAUGAGUGUUGCUAAACGAGUGAGUGAAGAAAUUGGCAGCAACCUGGGAGAAGAGGUGGGCUAUGCUAUUCGAUUUGAGGACUGCACAUCUGAGCAGACAGUGAUAAAGUACAUGACUGAUGGUAUUCUGCUCAGAGAGUCACUGAGAGAGUCCGACUUGGACCAUUACAGUGCAGUGAUCAUGGAUGAGGCUCAUGAGCGCUCCCUCAAUACCGAUGUCCUGUUUGGGCUGCUCAGAGAGGUUGUGUCACGACGCACUGACUUGAAACUAAUUGUUACGUCUGCUACUAUGGACUCGGAUAAAUUUGCUGCAUUUUUUGGCAAUGUUCCAAUAUUUCACAUUCCAGGAAGAACGUUUCCAGUGGACAUUUUGUUCAGCAAGACUCCUCAAGAGGACUAUGUAGAAGCUGCAGUGAAACAAGCCCUGCAGAUUCAUUUGAGUGGCUUGAUAGGCGACAUUCUUAUUUUUAUGCCUGGACAGGAGGAUAUUGAGGUGACAUCAGAUCAGAUUGUGGAGAGGUUAGGGGAUUUGGACAAUGCUCCCCCUCUGGCUGUACUCCCCAUAUAUUCACAGCUGCCCUCUGACCUCCAGGCCAAAAUCUUCCAAAAGGCUCCAGAUGGUGUCAGAAAAUGUAUAGUGGCUACAAACAUUGCAGAGACCUCCCUCACUGUGGAUGGUAUUAUGUUUGUGGUUGAUUCAGGAUACUGUAAAUUAAAGGUGUUUAAUCCUCGCAUUGGUAUGGAUGCUCUUCAAGUGUAUCCUAUCAGCCAGGCUAACGCUAACCAGCGUGCAGGUCGAGCGGGUCGUACUGGUCCAGGACAGUGUUACAGACUCUACACUCAGAGUGCAUACAAGAAUGAAAUGUUAACCACCACCAUCCCAGAAAUUCAGAGGACUAACCUUGCCAACGUAGUUCUGCUGCUCAAGUCUCUUGGAGUGCAGGACCUUCUCCUCUUCCACUUUAUGGACCCACCGCCUGAGGACAACAUGCUAAACUCUAUGUACCAGCUCUGGAUCCUUGGUGCUCUUGACAACACCGGGGCAUUGACACCCACUGGGCGACUGAUGGUGGAGUUUCCUCUGGACCCAGCUCUGUCCAAAAUGCUCAUUGUGUCAUGUGACAUGGGCUGCAGCGCAGACAUCCUCAUCAUUGUGUCCAUGCUUUCUGUGCCUGCGAUAUUUUACCGACCAAAAGGUCGUGAGGAGGAAAGUGAUCAAGUGAGGGAAAAGUUUGCUGUCCCAGAGAGUGACCAUCUGACUUACCUUAAUGUGUACAUGCAGUGGAAGAACAAUAAUUACUCCAGCAUCUGGUGCAACGAGCACUUUAUUCACACCAAGGCCAUGCGCAAGGUGCGGGAGGUGCGCUCACAGUUAAAGGACAUCAUGGUACAACAGAGGAUGAAUUUGGCGUCCUCUGGCUCUGACUGGGACGUGAUCAGGAAGUGUAUCUGUGCUGCUUACUUUCACCAGGCAGCCAAGCUCAAGGGCAUUGGUGAAUAUGUGAAUGUGAGGACGGGCAUGCCGUGUCACCUCCAUCCCACCAGCUCUCUGUUUGGAAUGGGCUACACCCCUGACUACAUCAUUUACCACGAACUUGUCAUGACAACCAAGGAAUACAUGCAGUGUGUAACAGCAGUUGAUGGAGAGUGGCUUGCUGAACUUGGACCAAUGUUUUACAGCAUCAAACAUGCAGGCAAAAGUAGACAGGAAAACCGUCGCCGUGCCAAAGAGGAGAUUACCAACAUGGAGGAGGAGAUGGCCAUGGCACAAGAGCAGAUGCGGGCCCGUCGAGAGGAGCAGGAAAGGAAGAGCAACCCGGGCAGUGUCAGGGGUGUCAAGAUUUGCACACCUGGAAGAAAAGACGAAGCUCCUAUGACGCCAAAAAGAACGCCCGCCCGUUUUGGCCUGUAGAUUGCUUAGACUGAAUAAAUGG